CUACUCCUGCUCCUCCUCCUCCUCCUUCGGAGCCUGGGGCCGGGAUGGAGCGGAGGCCGGAGCGGAGGGAGGCUGUGGCGGUGGCUCUGCUGGUGCUGGUGCUGGUGCCGCUGGCCUGCUUUCCUCGGGGCGCAGGGGCCCAGUACGAGAAGUACAGCUUCCGCGGCUUCCCGGAGGCGGAGCUGAUGCCGCUGCAGAGCGCUUAUAGCUACGCGCUGGAGCAGUACGAGGGCCAGCGCUGGAGGGAGAGCGCCCGCUACCUGGAGGCCAGCCUCCGCCUCCACCGCCUGCUCCGCGACAGCGAGGCCCAUUGCCACAAGCAGUGCGCCAAGGCCGGAGAGGAGGAGCCCCCUCUGGCCGCCGCCGCCGGGGAAGGAGAAGAAGGAGAAGAGUGGCUGCGGGAGAUGGAGCUCUUCGGGAGGGUGCUCAGGAGGGCCUCCUGCCUCCGGGGCUGCAAGAGGGGACUCCCGGUCUUCCAGCUCAGCUACCCUCCGCCGGAGACCCUCAGGGACUUCCAGCGCAGGGCGCCCUACAUGUACCUCCACUACGCCCUCUUCCAGACAAAUAAGAUUGAGAAAGCAGUAUCGGCUGCUCACACAUUCCUGCAGAAGAAUCCCAAGCAUGAAAUGACUCAGAAGUACCUGAAUUAUUACAAGACUAUGGUGGAUGUGGACGAGUAUCUCAUAGACUUGGAAGCACAACCCUAUGAGGUGAAUGGAUGGUGGGGCUUUUUUGUCAGAUCGGUGAAACUGUAUAACAGUGGCGAUUUCCGUAGCAGCAUUGCUGAUAUGGAGCACGCGCUCUCCGAGUACUACAAGGCCUAUGAAAACUGCCUGGCUGGCUGUGAAGGCAGCUAUGAGCUCCGUGAAUUUAAGGACUUCUAUCCAGCCAUUGCAGAUCAUUUUGUGGAUGUUUUGCAGUGCAAAGUGGAUUGUGAGGCUGACCUGAUACCAAAUGUAGGUGGCUAUUUUGUGGAGAAGUUUGUGGCCACCAUGUAUCACUAUCUUCAGUUUGCAUAUUACAAAUUGAAUGAUAUCAAGAACGCAGUACGGAGUGUGGCCAGCUACAUGCUUUUUGACCCUAGGGAUGAGGUCAUGCAGCAGAACCUUGUCUAUUACCGCUUCUACCGUGAACGUUGGCAUUUGGAAGAGGAUGACUUCAACCCACGGCCGGAAGCUUUGCGCUAUCACAAUCAGACAACCACCCAGAAGACGCUCUUGGAGUUUGCCAGGCAGUAUCUCCAGCCAGAUGAUGAGGGAGAAGUGGAAGAUGAUGAAGAAACAACAAACACAGUGUUGCCAUCGGAUGCUGAAUUUGAAGGGAUGGGUGACUAUGAAGAAGGAUUCCUAUCUGAUUGGUGGCAGGACCCAAAGUCAAAAGGCGACAAAGCUGACCAAGGUUAUUAA